GCAAGUACGAUGCACCAAGUCCUGCGCCCCAUGGACUCGAGCUUGGAGGCAGUGGGGCAAGAAGAUGCGCGUGACACUGGGGAGCUUUUCUUCGACUUGAACCUGUGCUUCAGUGCAGCAUCGGUCUUGAAGUACAUCUGCUGCACUACCAGCCCGGAGGAGCAUUCACAGCUCAUCCAGUUGGAGGUCGUGCCAAAGAUGAUGAGGAUCCUCAGCGUCAUCCGAGACUUCUUGCCAAGGUUUGCCAAUUCGAAAGCCAACUUCAACUACGACAUCCCUGGCUUCUGCACGAACCCACAGACCAACACGCUGUACAAAUCAGUCUACCGCUUGCUGCCUUACACAGCGAGCACUCGCCUCUUCCGAGAAAUUUGUGGUUCCAUCUCAAACUGCUGCCAGUGUCUGUCCAAUCUGAUGCAGGACCAGUUUCCGACAACGAAUUGCAUUCCACUUAUCCAGAUGUUGGCGUUCGACGAGGGCGAUGGCCUGCGAGACUUGUAUGAUAUGUUACGGAACGUGGAGGUUGACAUUGGCAUCAACGACCAGUCGCUCCUCGCGGAUCUGCAUCCUGACAUCACUCUGAUGGUGGAAUCUCUCCGAGCGAUCACGAUGAACUGCAACCGGAAAAUGCGAUCCAGGGUGCUCGAGGUGAUGUACACGGCCUUGCACCCAUACGGCCCCGUUCUACCGAAGAUCAACUCCAAGAAGCAGGACAUCAAGGAGUUGAACCAUGACUACCGGAUCCUCACCUACCUCAAGAACUCGGGGGCUGAAGCCGAUGAGAAGCGUGAGCACUUCUUCCUGCCAUCCCGGAGCGAAAGGGCCUUCUCGUUCUCAGUGUGGUCUCGCAUGGACAAGGGCAUCUCCACACAGAUUCGCAUCGAGUGGGACUGCGUUGCCCCCAGCACCUUCCAGGCAUGA